AUGGUUACUGUGGACUCAGGUGGUGCUGGAGCUGGAGGUGCAGCCACUGGAGGUACUCGGUCUGGGGGUUCUCGUUCGAGGGGUGCUGGAGUUGGAGGUGCUGGCGCAGGUGGCACUAGCUCUGGGGGUGCUAGAGUUGGAGGUGCUGGCACUGGAGGUGCUAGUUCUGCGGCUGCUGGAGCUAGAGGUGCUGGCACUGGAGGUACUACCUCUGGGGGUGCUGGGGUUGGAGGUCCUGGCACUGGGGGUGCUAGGACACGGGGCGCUGGAGCUGGGGACCUUGACCCUGGUGGUACCCCCUCUGGGAACACUGGUACUGGGGGUGCUAGCGGCCUGCCGGUGUGCGCGCGAGGAGCAGGAGCGGUUGGAGCGGGAGCGGCAGGAGCUGCGGCAGUUGGACCUGCUGGAGUAGCAACGGCAGCAGCAGCAGCAGCAGCAGCGGCAGCAGCAGCCGCAGCAGCAGCAGCCACCGCAGCCCGUGGUCACACCACCUCCCUUUCUACCCCUAUCACUGACUACAACCGUACAGUGCGUCCUGUUGUCUCGCAUAUUCUCGCCUCUCUUGUCACCGACCCUCGUGCCUCUCCGUCGUCUGUCUCCGCUCUCACUGCCGCUGUCACUGCCUUUGCAUCCACCCGCCGCCUUGACUUUGGCACCCGUGUCGUCGCUGCACCGCCUGCCCGUCCUGAGGCCGCCGGGGGUGGGUUUGCCCUUGGCUGUGACGUCCUCGAGGACAGACAGUUUGAGUUGGAGUUCUUGGCAGCUGCUUCCCCCUCUCUCUGUGCCAUGCUACUUUCCCCUGAGGGAGACCCCGAUGCCCUUGACAUACCGACUCCUCGCACGUACCGUGAGGCAGUGUUAGGGGAGUGGGCCUCUCAGUGGAAAGCGGCCAUGGACUCAGAGUUGGCGUCUUGGAGAUCCACAGGCACCUACGUCGACGCUGUUCCCCCUCCCGGGGCAAACGUUGUCGAUGGCAUGUGGUUCUUCAAGGUGAAGUGGCCGCCUGGAUCACGGCCUGUGUUCAAGGCGCGUUACGUGGCUAGAGGCUUCAGUCAGCAUGAGGGAGUUGACUUCUUCCAGACCUUCGCCCCGACCCCGAAGAUGACUACUCUUCGGGUGUUACUCCACGUAGCAGCACUGCGAGACUUCGAGCUGCACUCUCUUGACUUCUCCACUGCCUUCCUCCAGGGCCGCCUACACGAGGAGAUCUGGCUGCGCCGUCCUCCUGGUUUCACUGACACCUUCCCACCUGGGACCCAGUGGAGCCUGAGGCGACCAGUCUACGGUCUCCGCCAGUCGCCCCGUGAGUGGCACGACACUCUGCGCUCCACGCUUUGUGACCUAGGGUUUCGUCCCUCCUCUGCUGACCCGUCGAUGUUUGUUCGCACUAGCUCCACUCCCUUCUUUAUCCUGGUCUACGUCGACGACCUGGUGUUUGCUACAGCUGACAGGGCAGCACUGGCGGAGGUGAAGUCCGAACUGCAGAAGAGACACACGUGCACUGACCUCGGUGAGCUGCAGCGCUACCUUGGCCUGCAGAUCACCAGGGACAGAGCCGCUCGCACCAUCACACUGACUCAGUCACACAUGGUGCAGCAGGUCCUUCGGCAAUUCAGGUUUCAGUUCUCCACCACACAGUCCACUCCUCUUGCCCUUGACCACCGUCUCACUGGCCCCUUUCCCGACGAGCCCUUUGAGUCUAGUGGUCCCUACGCAGAGCUUGUGGGCUGCCUCAUGUACCUGAUGACUUGUACGCGUCCGGACCUCGCCUUUCCCCUCAGCGUCCUCUCUCGCUUUGUUGCGACUGGGAGACACCGUCCCGUUCACUGGACGGCUGCUGUGAGGGUGGCGAAGUACCUAGCGACUACAUCAGGCAUGGGACUUGUGCUUGGUGGGAGAGAGCCAGUUGUGCUGACCGGUCACUGCGACUCUUCCUACGCUGACGACGUGGAGACUCAGCGCUCGACCCAGGGUUACUGCUUCAGCUUGGGAGCUGGAGCUGUGUCGUGGAGGUCUACACAGUCGUCGUCCGUGGCUACGUCCAGUGCCGAGGCAGAGAUUUACGCCGGUGCUAUGGCUGCGUAG